UCCUCCUUGCUUUGGUCAACCGCGUGUGUACCGUAGCGCCCAGCUCCGGGGGGAGUCGCCGCGCCGAGGAAUAUCCGCUCGCGACUCGCGAGGAUGAUGACGACACGGAACGAAAAGAAGCGGGGCGCGCGCGCCGUCGCUGUCCGCGGCAGCGUCAGCCGCCUCGCCUCGCCUGCCGAGCACCAGCAGACACCGCGAGAAAGUACAAAUCGGAGUCGGAGCUAGCGCCACCCACCCCGCUGUCGCCGCGCUGACCCCUUCCACCACCACCACCCGCCUCGCCUUCCGCCGGCAGCGGCAGCGGCAGCGCCAGCACGCGGCGGCGGCUAGCGGCCGGCCCGCUCCUCCAAGACAUGGCCGCCCGCUUCGGCCCCCUCCUCCUCGUACUCCCCCUCUCCUCCGCGCUGCUCGUCCUCUCCGCCGCCACGGCGCCCCGUGGCCGUCCCAGCCAAGUGGAUGUGGGGAGGCAGCUGAGGGAGGAGUUGUGGGAGAGAAACCAAGGGCACGAGAUGCUCAGGUCGUGGCGCGACGGUGACCCGUGCUCGCCGUCUCCAUGGGAAGGGUUCUCUUGCCGAUGGAAGGACGGCAACCUCUUCGUUGUCAAGCUGAACUUUUCUUCAAAGAAACUGCAGGGGCCGAUUCCCGCCGCGAUUGGUAACUUAACAGAACUAGAUGAGAUUGAUCUGCAGGACAACAACUUCACUGGUUCUAUUCCAGAAUCUUUCUUUGAUCUCACACACUUGCUGAAGCUGUCAGUAAAGUGCAACCCCUUCUUGAACAAUCAGCUACCUCAUGGCCUAUCUAUCAGCGUGGAAUUUAGCUAUGGAGGCUGCGCUUAUCAUAGUCCACCUGGAGCUUCCAAUCAGAGAAUAGCUGUUAUUGGUGGUGUUGCCGGAGGAUCUUUGGCAUGCACUUUUGCACUUGGAUUUUUCUUCGUUUGUUUCAACAAACGUGAAAAGAAUCCUCAGAAAAAAGACUGCUCUUCUACAAGAAAUCCUGUUUUUGAAGAAUGUAGCACCCACAAAGCUACAAACUCUGCAGUACAACAGUUAUCCCUUAAAUCAAUCCAGAAUGCAACGUGCAACUUCAAAACCUUAAUAGGGGAGGGUGGGUUUGGAUCAGUUUAUCGAGGAACAUUAGCACAUGGUGAAGAAGUUGCAGUAAAGGUUCGUUCAACCUCGUCGACGCAGGGAACACGUGAAUUCAACAAUGAGUUGAGGCUGCUUUCUGCUGUGCGGCAUGAUAAUUUGGUCCCACUAAUUGGAUAUUGCUGUGAAAAGGAUCAAGAAAUUUUGGUCUAUCCAUUCAUGUCCAAUGGUUCUCUACAGGAUCGCCUCUACGGUGAGGCGUCAAAAAGGAAAGUUCUUGAUUGGCCUACCAGACUAUCUGUUUGCAUUGGUGCUGCUAGAGGACUAGCACAUCUGCACGGUUUUGCUGGCCGCUGUAUCAUACACAGAGACGUUAAGUCCAGUAACAUACUUCUGGACCACAGCAUGUGUGGCAAGGUUGCGGACUUUGGUUUUUCUAAGUAUGCACCUCAAGAAGGUGACAGUAAUGCAUCAAUGGAAGUCAGGGGAACUGCUGGAUAUUUAGACCCUGAAUACUAUUCGACUCAGUCAUUAUCAACCAAAAGUGAUGUGUUCAGUUUUGGAGUGGUUCUCUUAGAAAUUGUAACCGGAAGAGAACCUCUUGAUGUUCAGAGGCCUAGGGAUGAAUGGAGCUUAGUUGAAUGGGCUAAACCAUACAUUAGAGAAUACAGAAUUGAAGAAAUCGUUGACCCUGGCAUAAAAGGGCAAUAUUGUUCAGAGGCCAUGUGGAGGGUUCUUGAGGUCGCAUCAGCAUGCACUGAACCUUUCUCGACCUUCCGGCCAAGCAUGGAAGAUGUUGUCAGAGAGCUAGAGGACGCUCUGAUAAUCGAGAACAACGCUUCAGAGUACAUGAGGUCCAUCGAAAGCACGGGGACACUUGGCUCCAACCGCUACCUGUCCAUUGAUAGGAAGAUGUUUGCUUCGGGUUCAGCUCGAUUCGCAUCAUUUGACGCUACGAAAGGGCAUUUGCAAACGAUGCCUUCGCUUCCGGGGUAGUUUGGCUGUGCAAUGGCUAUUGUUUUUAUGACCUCAGGGGGAUGUCAUGCUUGUGUUGAAGGCAUCAAGCAACGAUUGGCAAGAUAAGGAUAUGGAGAUGCUCCGUAAACUAUACCCAUCUGUACAGAUAUCAGAAUUCAGAGAUCAUGCAGUGAUGAUAUGGGAAAAGCUUCACAAACAGAGCAGUUUUGCCUUUGCAGUUUGUACUGAUUCAAUGCUUCUGAAAGUGCCCUCAUAUACUACUCUUUGGUUUCGGUCUUAGAUCACUUCAUUGUUUCGAUUCCUCCUCCUUCAGAAAGUAUAGUACAAAGGAUGUAAUUCAUUUAAUGCUACUAUAUUGCCUUUUGCAAUCUUUCAGACAAUUUGAGUCGCAGUUAUCAACAAUUGGAUGAGUGCGUCUUUGUUCAAACAAGGAUUAUCGAUCUGGUUCACUUAAAUCAA